CACCUUAUACGUGGUUAAAUAGAGAAUACUUUUGAAGUGACGUUUUAUUUCAAGCUGUCAAUAAUAUUUAUCCACGUAAUGACACUUUUGUUUCUAUCCCGAACAUAAAUGCACUGCGCAGAUCUGAUCGGCUAAUCUACUGCUUCUUUUCACGGAUCUGUGAGCAAUUGAAGGAAUUCUCCACACGUUAUUUUGUUUUGAUUAAGGGGUUGAGCUUGGCUGAUAUCCAAAAUGGAUUUCUAUAAAGUUUUGGAUCAGACUGUCAGAGAAAUAAAGAGAGAGGUGAAUAUUAAGGUUCUCAAAGUUCCUGAAAUCGAACAGAAGGUACUUGAUGCAACAAGCGAUGAACCUUGGGGUCCACAUGGGACAGUUAUGGCUGAGAUUGCUCAGGCUACAAAAAAUUUCAAUGAAAGCCAGUUGGUUAUGGGUGCUCUCUGGAAAAGGGUUAGUGAAACUAGCAGAAACUGGCGUCAUGUUUACAAGGCAUUGACUGUUCUGGAAUAUCUGGUGGCAAAUGGAUCUGAACGUGUUGUUGAUGAACUUUUGGAACACACCUUCCAAAUCUCGACACUUUCAGAUUUCGAGUUUGUUGAACCAAAUGGAAAGGAUCAGGGAAUCAAUGUGAGAAAGAAGGCUCAGAAUAUUCUCUCUCUUAUCAAUGACAAAGAUAAAAUACGAGAAGUGAGACAAAAGGCGGCAGCCAAUAGAGACAAAUAUGGCGGUCUUUCUUCAUCUGGAGGAUACAAGCCUAGUUCAUACUCAGGGUUUGGUGGUGGAUACAAUGGUGAUCGUUAUGAUGAUGAUUGUUAUGGAAGUCGGAAUGGUGGCAAAUCUGAUGAUAGUCCUAGGCAAAGAAAAGAUGUUAAUGCUAACAAGUACAAAGACCGAGAUCUUAAUGGCCAAGAUGGUGGUGCUCUCCACAGCAAAAGUACAGAUAAAUAUGAAGAUGAUGACUUUGCAAGAAUCAGGGACCACGAAGAUGAUAGAUUUGGCCCUAAAAAGGAGUAUUAUGAUGAGGAUAACUCUUUUUCAAGGGCCCAAGGCACUCGAAGAGUUGGUGCAGCAAAAGCAUCAAAUUCAGGUCAAAGCCGACCUUCUAAAAAAGUCACACAGAUCGGUGAAAUUGAUUCAGCUAAGGCAAAUGAUGACUUUGAUGACUUUGAUCCUCGUGGUUCUUUUAAACCUGUGGCGGCUACCCUUGUUCCAGAUUUCACAGAUGAUCUUUUUGGACCGCCUUCAGCAGGGACCCAUUCUGAUGUUAUGAAAGCAGUUCUGCCUCCUCCCCCAUCGGCUGUGAGUCCAUCCAUAGGUGCACGGGCACCUGUUAAUGGCCUAAAGCCUGGGACAGAUUUGUUUGCAGAUGCUAGUUUUAAUACAACUGUUUUAGAUCCUCCAGCAUCAGCCACAAACUCUCUAAAUAAGUCACCACUUGAUGCCUUAUUUCCAUCCUCUGAAGACUUUUUUGCCCCUCAAACAUCAAGUACGAUAUCUGCAACAUCUUCGACUUUUGGGAUUGAUGAAGAAUUUGGCAUGUUUGAAGCUGCACCUUCUAAAUCCGGUACUGCAAAAAGUGUUUAUGACAAGGCAGAUCCAUUGGAUGAGAAUUUAUUCAGUGCAUUUGGAACUCCGGAAGCCUCAAAAUCUCCCAAUAUGCUUAAGAGUCAAGGACAACCUUCUUUAACUGGAGUUACCCAAGUACAACCAAUAGUAGCUCAACAAUCAAACACAGCAGUUGCAGUGAAGUCCCAACAGCAGAAUGAAAAGUUUGAACCCAAAUCAUCAAUUUGGGCUGACACAUUAAGUCGUGGCCUAAUUGACUUAAAUAUUUCUGCACCAAGGAGCCAUUCUUUGGCAGAUAUUGGCAUUCAUUUAGAUUCUAUUACCAGCUCAGAAAGAAGGGAAGAGGAGAAGAAGACACCCACUUUUUCUAUGGGAAAAGCCAUGGGAUCUGGUUCUGGUUUGGGUCGUGCAGGUGCGAGUACAAUGGCCACUCCUGCUUCUUCUAUGAUGGGUCCAUAUGGCAUGGGUGCAUAUGGCACCAAUAUAGGCAUAGGUGCAUAUGGAACCAGUGUGGGUAAGGUAGUGGGUGGUGGCACAGGUGUGAUGAUGGGACCUGGAAUGGGAUUGACUCCAGGGACAAAUGCACCUGAAAUUGGAAUAGGAAAUCCCAUGACCAUUCCAUCAAACUCUGGGACAGGAUAUGCAUCAAACUUCACAAUGGGUACAGGCCAGGGAGGUCUUGUGAGUCAACAGAGGCAAUUCGGUGGAUUCAGAUGAAGUUCUCUGCUUAUCUAUUUAGCUUUGAAGUUAAAGAGGGCAAUUAAAAAAUAGAUUAGUUGAUUUCGAUGUGCUUAGAAGAAAUUACCAGGCAUGAUUAACUAGUAGUAAUGUGUCCUAUUUGAAAAGGAGCAUGCUCAGCCUCAUGGAUGGAAGUGAAAAUGGCAUCAAGUUCAAAAUAUUAUGAGUAAUUUGCCGGAAAUGUUUGACACUGGAAACCUCCUAGAAUUAUGUACAUCAAUUAUUUUUUGGGCAUGAUAUACAUGCAUCAUAAGGUCCAAGGCUCUCCCAAAUAUAUUAAUCUUAUCGUGCAAGGACUAUAAUAAUACUGUAAUUUGAAAAAGAAGUGAAUUUUAUUGUUUGAAAUAUUGUAAUCAUUUUGGGGUCACUUGAAAUUGGUGGCAAUUGUAUUUGAUGAAAAUGUUUUUAAA